AUGGUUGCUGGUAUUGGAGACAGGGCAAAUGUGUUAUUGGAUGGGAAGAUCAGGUCACUGUUGCUCAUGCUCCCCACCAUGUGUAGGGGAGACACUAUUGACUCGCCUGGUCACUUCAUCAACUUGGCUGCUGCUCUGAGAAAGUAUGACAACCCUUUAUCUGUGUUAUUUGCUCUGCAUGAACAAAAUGAAUUAUGUGUCCCUGGUGGUGCAUGUCACUGCUGUGCAUCCCUGUGUGGAAUUGACAUCCAUGGCGCAAUUUCCAUAUGUGAAGUUGCCUUAGUAAGAUUACUGCCUUGUCACAAAGGAGGCUCAGAUUGGAGGCUUACACAAUAA